AUCACUCUCUCUCUCUCACGCUCUCACAUUGUUAAAGAGGCUGCCCCCUCCCAUUUGGUUAUUAUUCCUUUCCCAUUUUUUGUACAACCAUGGCAAGGUCCUCUAUGCACUUCCAUUGGUCAAAUAAGGUCAGCAAUGAAGAUGAAGAUGUCUCACCACCCUCCAAUCCUACCUCCAAAUCCACCAUAAACCAUCCACAACCACCUCCACCACCCCCGCCACCAACAAGAAAGAAACUCCAAGCAGUAACCGUUGCAAGAUUUCGUUCGGUUCUUACUACAAUAAGUAAGAACCGGACGAAUCUUCUCAACUCCCUAGGCUCUAGGGUCGUCGGGACCCUGUUUGGGUCCCGACGAGGCCAUGUUUACUUCACACUUCAAAAGAACCCGGUCUCCCAACCAGCAUUCCUAAUCGAGCUUCAAACCCCGAUUAGUGGCCUGGUUAAGGAAAUGGCGUCCGGGCUCGUUAGAAUCGCACUUGAGUGCGAUAAAGACGAGGACAAGACCAAAAAGAUAAGUAAUUCAAAGAGGCUAUUAGAAGAGCCAGUUUGGAGGACUUAUUGCAAUGGUAAGAAGUGUGGUUUUGCCUUAAAAAGAGAGUGUGGGGAGAAAGAAUGGAGGGUCUUAAAAGCGGUUGAGCCGAUAUCUAUGGGGGCCGGGGUGUUGCCCCCAGAGAAAACAGUCGAUGGAGAAGGGGAAGAAGAAGGUGAUGAGAUCAUGUACAUGAGAGCUAAAUUUGAGAGGGUAACAGGGUCAAGAGAUUCAGAAGCUUUCUAUAUGAUGAAUCCUGAUAGCAAUGGAGCUCCUGAACUUAGUGUUUAUUUGCUUAGAAUUUGAGAUUCAAUGCAGAAUUUGGAAUUAAAUUCCAAAAACCAACUUGGUAAUUUAGUUCUUUGUAGCUGAAGUAUUUUUUUUUCUUGUUAUUGCUUAUCCUGUAAUAAAAAAGGAUGAGUUUAUUGUAAUUUGUAGUGUUAUAAGGGUGGAAUGGGAGAUAUACAUAUUAUUAGUUUCAUUUUUU